UUUUUUCUUCAUGAGCACGACAGAGAGGAAACUGAGGAAUACCGAAGAUUUCCUCAAGAGGAAUACUGCUCGGUCGUGCUCGCUCAAGGUUGCUGCCCUUUUUUUUUCCCUUCAUGACAGAACAGAUCUUUGGUUAACUAUUGUACUACUGAACAGAUAAUAUCAUUUAAUUCAAGUGUUUCUUUGGUUAAGUAUUGUACUACUUAACUAAUAUUUUUUUUUCUUCACCACAACAAGGCAAAUAUUUAAGCAAUAAUUUUGUUUGAAAUGUUUUUAUUUUUUUCUUACUGUGUAUUGAACUAUUGGCAUUUCAUUUGAAGUUCAAGAUAAUAUCGUUUAUUUAGGCAGCAUUGAUAUAAUUUGGCUUAGAAUAUUCAAGUCUUAAUCUUUAGUUGAACUUUGUCCUAAUUGAAUUACAGUAUGUUUUUAAAAUUAUCGGAAGUAUUGUACUAAUUUGAUUGACAAAUAUAACACGAUGAGAAUAUAUGCUCUUAUAAUAAAAAUCUAGUUUUCGUCGAUAUGAAAGUAGCAAGUGUGAGCGACAACGAGUCAUCAAACACUAUCUACCUACGUAAGACCGAUAAAAGUUCUUAAAGGAAACCUAAAAAAAAACUACUUGUUUGCACAACCUUUAAAUUUCUUAGAAAGAAUAUCCUCGUUAAUGUAUGACAGCAAUGCAGAAAUUUCUAGAUGGCAAAGGAGUUGGACGUGCAAGCGGUAGUAAGCAACGUCGUGAUUGUGACGACAUCUCAAUUUACUCCGGCUUGCCCAAAAGUACAACUCGAAAUCCAAAGUGGCCAGAAGAUCAUAAUGUCAUACUUGGCGAGUUGCUAUUGGAAAUAUGUUAAUGGCAAUUUUUGUAAUGGGAAUAUGCUAAAGGAACAAUGGGCUAGCUUAGUAGCUGUGUUAAACAGGCGUAUUAAAACCAACUACACCGACUCGUCCGUAAUGAUAAGAUUUAAAAAUAUGAAGGUUAAUUUUAGAACACUAUAUCAACUAACAAACCGUAGUGGAUGGGGUUGGGAUGAGGAAUUACAAAUCCCUGUAGCUACUGACGAGUUGUGGGAUGAAAUUCAACAGGUUAACCCAAAGGUAGCUCGAUUUAGAAGGCACCCCUUCCAUCAGUAUGAAAUAUUUGAGAAGAUAUGUGCCGAGAACAUUGUAGUGGGAAGUGAUGCAAGAUGCACUAAGAUGUCUGAGCCAGUGGUUAACUUAAACAGUGAGGAAGAUGCUCCACACAUUAAAGAAGAUUUCCUAGCUGCUAACGGUGUUAGCUAAGACAUAAACGGAACGCCACCCAACAACCAACCUAACACUGUUGGCAUAGAUCCAAGUGUGGAAAUGGACCCAAGUCCAACAAUACGUACAAAAAGAUCUAGCGAGAAGCCAACUAAAGCUGCUAAAUGUCCGAAAAGGAAAAAUGGCUUGCAAAAUCUUAAUGAACUCUUAGUUGAUUCAAACAAGAAUGCCAUUCUCUUUAGAGAGACAAUUGAAAGUACAGAUCCUUAUAGUAUGCGUGAUUGCUUGGCCAAGUUUCCUGUGACUGUUCAAGUUGAUCUGGUAAUUGCGUGUGCAGUCCUGCACAACUUUAUAGGUCGCUAUCAUGGACAUGACAAGUAUUUCAAUAUGUCACAGAUAGAAAUGGAACACGAUAGUGAACGUGGGAAUGUUGAAAUGUUGGAUGAAGAUCCUAACUUGCACGCAACAAUAGGAGAACGAAUUCAAGGAGAAGCGAUAAGACAUGUCAUUGCAACUGAUAUGUGGAAUGCCCGGAUAAAUUGUCAAAGAAAUCGAUCAUCGUCAGGAAGUUGUCUCCAAUGCAACAAAUAUCAACAUCACCUUUAUGUUGUAGUGUAUUAUCUUGUAGUUGUUAAGUGGUCUCCAAAAAAAAAAUUCUUGUGGUCAUGUACUCUUUAUGCGUUUAGCUAUUUUCAUUGAAUGAUGUUAUGUUUUGUUUAUUAUUUAGCAUAUUACUCCAAUUUUAAAUCUCCAACCGUUUUAAAUCUUGU